AUGGCCUCUCCCACUGUGAACGGCGUCAAUGGCGUCAACGGAGUCGCCCCGCAAUCCGCCUUUUUCGACCACCUCUGUCAGUAUCCCGUCGUUACCGAUGGCCUGACGUCGAUCCAGAAGAACAAGUACGGCCAACAGACGCUGGCACUUAGCACAUCUGCCCUUGAGACAUUUGAGAGCCUGGCCAAGCCCGUGCUGCCGUAUCUUGCCAAGCCGUACGAGUACGUGUCGCCGUACGUCAAGAAGGUCGACGGUUUGGGAGACCGGACCCUCGACAACUUCGACCAACACUUCCCGGUCGUGCGCAAGCCUACCGCUGAGGUGUACAAGGACACCAAGGACUUUGUGCUGUAUCCCGUGCGCAAGGGCAUCGAGAGCCGCGACCACGUCGUGAGCGUGUAUAACGGCGAACGCAAGCAGAUCAACGGUGAUGGCGUCUUCCCUCUCAGCAAGGCCCUGGCCGUCACGGCCAUAGUCGUCGCCACCGAGACUCUCGGCUGGGUGCGUGAGUAUCUGACUACUGCCACCGCUGCGGCCAAGGAGGUAGUACAGGAGAAGACGGCCAGCGGAACCAACUAG